CUCGUUGCUCUCGGCGUCUCGCUAUACUUGGAGCAAACCUUGGAACGAGAUGAGAGCAAGGAGAAUUUGGAGUACGAGUCGAACGAGAUAUCUUGUCACAAACUCAACAUCGAUGUGCUGAAGUGAGUAAUCGCACACAACGAUGGCAAGUAAACUUGCAGAUAUUCAAGACAUCGCCGACAAGACCUUCGAUUAUAUCGUCAUUGGUGGUGGUACUGCAGGCUGUGUCGUAGCGAGUCGUCUGUCUGAAGACUCGGAUGUCACUGUCGCUGUUCUUGAAGCGGGCCCGCCGCAUUUGGACGACCCAAUCAUCAGAGAUUCUGCUGCGUUUCUGAAGCUCAUCCUGGAUCCCAAAUAUGACUAUAUGUAUACCACUACCCCGCAGCCCCGGGCAGGAGAUCAGCCGGUGUUGUGGGCAUGUGGCCGGGGUUUAGGCGGGUCAUCUCUGAUCAACUGGUUAGUGUGGACCAUCCCUCCACGCCAAGACAUCGAUGGCAUCGGCAAACUGGGCAACGAAGGCUGGACAUGGGAGCGCUUUCACAGUUACCAGAAGAAACUUCAGAAGUUCUAUCCCCCGCCGAAGAAUGAGCUUUCGGAGUUCAAGAACUUAUAUAACCCCGAAUCUGUCGGUCAUGACGGCCCCGUACCGAUCAGCUUCUCUCGUGACAGCUCUGGUGCGGAAGCUCUUUGGCAAAAGAGCUUGGCGAAGUACGGUGUCGAGACCAUUACUACAAGCUUAGACGGAAAUGUCACAGGUACAUUCAAAACCGUCUCUAAUAUCAACCCGGAGACCCAUCAGCGUGGUCACGCCGCUGCGGCUUACCUUGUCCCUGCGCUCGAUAGGCCAAACCUCAGAGUGCUCACUAAUGCGUAUGUCCACAAGAUUGUGACCGAUAGGAGCGAUGGAGACGUCGCUGCAUCUGGCGUCGAAUUCGAGCACGGCGGACAGCCUUACACCGUUUUCGCCAAGAAGGAGGUCGUGUUAUCUGCUGGGGCGAUCAAAUCGCCUCAUAUUCUGGAGCUCAGCGGAAUCGGCGACCGUAAGAUCCUGGAACCCCUUGGAAUCGAGGUUAAGGUCGACUUGCCCGGCGUCGGGAGCAACGUUCAAGACCACGUCUCGAUGGGGUUCAUCAGAUGGAAGGUUAGAGAGGACCAGAAUAUCGUCACCAGCGGCAUGCUCGACGACCCAGCUCAGGCAGAGAAGCUGCGUGUGGCCCUUGGGCUUCCAGAUGCCAUCAAAAUGACUCUCAAUGGUGCCUCAUUCAUUCCCAUCCAAAACAUCAGUGACCGCACAGAUGUGCUCGUUCGCAGGCAGAAGGAAAAGCUUGCCCAGAACGCAAGCACGUAUCCACCGGGUCUGAAGGAACAGCACGAGAUCCUACUGCAGCUACUCGAGGAUCCGAACGUACCAGACUUCGAGAUCCUCUUCCUCCCUUUCAUGGGCAGCUUCUUCCCGAACCCGGAGCCAGAGAAGCCGUAUCUAAACAUGCCGGCAAUCCUCCCGCGGCCCCACAGCCGAGGGACAAUCCAUGCCACGUCCGCCGACCCGAAGGCCAACCCGGCCAUGGAUCCGCGCUAUUACGAGGAAGAAAUCGACAUCGACAUUAUGGUUGAUGGCGUCAAGUUCAUGCGCAAGGUUGCGAAGGCAGAGCCCUUCAAUAAGAUCGUCGAGAAGGAAGAGCUGCCGGGCCCAGAUGUGCAGACGGAUGAGCAAAUCUGUGAAUACAUACGGAAGCACAGCACGUCUACAUUUCACACCUGCGGCAGCAACUCUAUGCUGCCGAGGGAUAAGGGAGGGGUGGUGGACCACGAGUUCAAAGUUUAUGGCACGCAAAAUAUCAGAGUCGUGGAUCUGUCGGUCCUUCCUAUGCUGACGACUGUGCAUCCAAUGGCUACGGUGUUCACCCUAGCGGAAAUGGCUUGCGACGUCGUACGAGCUCGUCCUUGAAGAUUAU